GCAUUUCUACCAUUGCCGGCUGCAUACCUGUACACAAUUCACAGUUUUCCCUCUUCCAAAACCCAAAAGUUAGCUAUAUUUCAUAUUACAUCAUUCGUUGAAAAGCCAGAGGGACUGGAAGCGAAUGUGUUACAUCACAAACAGGAGGUAUAUAUGCAUACGUGUGUCGACACACACAGCACGCGGAUUGCAUCGCGCUCUGCCCGGGAACUAACUGGUGUAUUUUGCUUCAGUCGCAGAAGUCCCUAGCAGAGCUGCCCCUGGAGUGGGCAGGGAGUGUGUUUAGAUAGCAGUGAAAGUUGUCGUUGUAGCAACUAGGCCGUUGGUGAGGGGAAUUUGAGAGCGGGGCAAAGCCGGAGGAAGGAAAGAACCUCGUUUCACAAUCAGUCAAGUCGUGCUCAAGAGCGGGGAAAACCCCUUCAUCUUUCCUGAGGGAUGGAGAAACCCGUGUUUGAGUGUCGAGAUCGAGAUGAGCGA